AUGACCGACAAGAAGCCGUCCGUGCUGAUUAUUGGAGGUUUGGGAUUCAUCGGUCGGCAUUUGGCCCUUUACAUCCACGAGAAUAACCUAGCCUCUGAAGUGCGACUCGUGGAUAAGGUCUUACCGCAGCUAGCUUGGCUAGCCCCAGAAUUCGAAGAAGCUUGCUCCAAGGAUAAAUUCGUUCAAGCUGAUGCUAGCCGAGAACAGCAUUUCCCCCGCAUCUUCGAUCGCGCCAAUGGCGAACAGUUCGACUAUGUGAUCAACUGCGGGGGUGAAACAAGAUAUUCCCAGCCCGACGACGUUUACGAGGCCCGGGUCUAUAAUCUCAGUGUGGCCUUAGGUCGCGAGGUGGCUCGUCGAGGCAUUAAGUCCUUUGUUGAGUGUUCUACCGCUCACGUCUACAAAGGCGGCUCGACCCCACGAAAAGAGGGCGAUAAAAUUCAAGCAUGGCACAAGCUAGCGAAAUGGAAGUUGAAGGCAAACGAUGAGCUGAUGAAGACCCCUGGCCUUCAUCACGUUGUCUUGCGACUGCCGAACGUUUUUGGCGAGUAUGAGUCUGGGUACUUUGCGAUGGGAAUUUGCCUUGCCCGGGUUUAUUUGGAUAUGCAGAAGGACCUCGAGCUUCUUUACUCCAAGGACCUGAAGACCAAUACCCUCUACGUCAAGGAUGCCGCCAGCGCUUUGUGGAAAGCUGCGGAAUGGAGAUACAGUGCUCCCACUGAUGGCUCCGCCCCUAUUCUGUUCAACGUUGUUGAUCACAACGAUACUCGCCAGCAACAUGUGGCUGAUGCUCUUACUGAGGUGUUCGGUCUGAAAUGCUCAUUCCUAGGUUCCCUGGCGUCCCAGUUCGCAAAGUUGAACCUGGAUGACGUGGUUGACGAUAUGAACGAGGUGUCAUUACAGGGCUGGUCAGACCUGAUUGAAGAGAAAGGCAUUACACGUCCAGGGCCGAUUAGUCCUUUUAUCGAGAGGGAUGUACUCCAAGACCAGGAUAUGUCACUUGAUGGUACAUUAUUCGAGACAACCACCGGUUGGAAACCAACCAGGAACUUCGGCCCCGACAGUGUUCGAGACAUGGUCGAGAGCUACAAGCGCAUGGGCUGGUGGCCAUAA